GCGAGCACUGUAAACCAAGAGAAGUCUGUGAUAAUCUUCCGAUCAGACGAUCUUUCAGUCAUGUCGAGAGGAGUGCUCGCCUGUGAAGUUUUGUUGGUUUUAGCCGCCGUUGCCAGUGUUGGGCGGGCGCAGAGUUGUGCCUUCCGUGGAAGUUGCCACUUCAACAGAGACAUCAGAAAAUCCGUGCCUUGCGCGGUUGAUGAAGCUCCUUCCGAGACCUUGUCCGAUAGUUUGUGGAAAGAAUUCACUGAUUUUUGUGAGGAUUUGGCGGCUUCCCUUCAAGAUCGCCGACUAUGCUGCGAGGCCAGUCAGUUCGAAACGUUGAAGAAAGAAAUGAAAGCCGCUGAAGCGAUAGGCAUGAAACGGUGUCCGGGCUGCUACCGAGCUUUCAAAAACCUCAUGUGUCAAAUGACGUGUUCACCAACUCAAGGCCAAUUCAUCGUUGUCAACGCCACCACGGACAAACCCGGAUCCCCGGGACCCAUCGUUCAGGAAAUCGUCUAUGGAUUGGACAAGAAUUUCGCAAACACCCUGUAUUCAACUUGUAAUAGUGCGCGAUCAAACGUGGUGGUCAAACUCACCACCCUUAUGUGUGGGGCUUACGGCAAUCGCUGUAAUACUCUGCGGUUCUUGAACUUUUUGGGAGCUCCCGAUGAGGAGGGAGGCUACAGUCCGUUCAAAAUCCGCCACAUCCUUCAUGACGAGGACAUCCAGGUCACUGACUACAGAGGAAAGCCACGCGUUAUUCGCAAGCAAGCCUGGCUAGCGGCUGACAAAUGUAAAAUUCAGUAGGCACGUCCACCUAUGUACUCAGCCCAGCACUUCCCAAACUUUCUUUUUCUUACGCACUCAGCCCGAGACCGUGUACGGUUUGCUCUGUCCCGGAAUGGCGGAGCCCCCUACUCGAGAGGCCUCAGCUCUAGCGAGAAGAGAUAAGAGGAGGAUGCAAGAAAGAUAAAUUUUCGAGGAAUCGUUAUGCCCGGAG